CUCCCACCAGGGCGGUGCGAAAUUUCAGCAAGCACCGGGUCUCCCCGGCUGUGCUGGUGAAGCGGUGGAGGCUGGGCACCCUCAGCCGAGGCCCUGCGCCGCUCGCGUCCGCUCCCUCGACGCGCACUUCCCGCCAUCUCGCGCGUCUCACUCACACAGGUGUCCGAGGCAGCCGCCCCCGCCCGCUCCUCCGGACCGAGGAGGCCGCGCCUGAUUGGCUGAGGGCCCUGGGGAGGGGCGGUGCCUGUGCCUCUGGAGGUCGGGGGGCAAAGGCCCGGGCGCUGCUAGCCGAGCGCACCUGCAGGGCGGCGCCGUCUGGGCCGGCUCGGGAUGAAGGCGCGUCCGGCGACUCCUGGCCGCGCCGUGGGGCUCCUCACGCUGCUCCUCCCGUGCUUGGGGCUUGCGGAGCCCUCUAGCCAUUCAGGUAAUGAUCCAUUCACCAUUGUCCAUGAAAACACUGGCAAGUGCAUCCAGGCACUGGAUGACUGGAUAGUAACAAAGGAUUGUAAUGGAACCCGGGACAUGCUAUGGAAGUGGGUGUCCAAACAUCGGCUUUUCCAUUUGCAAUCCCAGAAGUGCCUUGGCCUGAAUAUCACCAAACAAAAGGAUUCUUUGAAAAUGUUCAGCUGUGAUUCCCCUGCCAUGCUGUGGUGGAAAUGUGAGCACCACUCUCUUUAUGGUGCUGCCCAGUACAAGUUGGCUGUGGAAGACAGACAUGCCAUAGCAAGCACAAACGCGUCUGAUGUCUGGAAAAAGGGAGGCUCAUCAGAAGGCCUUUGUGACCAGCCUUACCAUGAGAUAUAUACCAGAGAUGGGAACUCCUUUGGGAAACCAUGCGAAUUUCCAUUCCUGAUUGAUGGGAAAUGGCAUCAUGAUUGCAUCCUUGAUAAAAAUAAGACUGCACCAUGGUGUGCCACCACCUUAAAUUAUGACCGUGAUAAGAAGUGGGGCUUCUGCUUAAAACCAGAAAAUGGCUGUGAGGAGAAUUGGGAGAAGAAUGAACAAACUGGAAGUUGCUACCAAUUUAAUAAUCCGGCAACUCUUUCUUGGAAAGAGGCUUAUCUUGCCUGCCACAGUCAAGGAGCUGACUUACUGAGCAUCAGCAAUGCGACUGAGUUAACUUAUCUUAAAGAAAAAGAAGACAUUGCUAAAUUUUUCUGGAUUGGUUUAAACCAGCUGCACUCUGCUAGAGGCUGGGAAUGGUCAGACCACAAACCACUAAACUUCCUCAACUGGGACCCAGACAAGUUCAAUACACCUGCACUAGGUGGGUCAAGCUGUGUGAGAAUGAACGCUGAGUCCGGUCUGUGGGAGAGUUUACCCUGUGAGGCUCUACUGCCCUACGUCUGCAAGAAACCAUUGAAUAACAGCAUGGAGUUAACAGAUGAUUGGACAUAUUCAGAUACUCGCUGCGAUGCAGACUGGUUGCCAAAUAAUGGAUUUUGCUAUUGGCUGGGGAAUGAAAGUGACUCCUGGGACAAUGCACGUAUGAAAUGCAAAGCCUUAAGUAGUGACCUUCUCAGCAUUCAUUCUUUAGCAGAUGUGGAAGUGGUGGUCACAAAACUCCACAAUGGGGAUGCCAAGGAAGAAAUAUGGACAGGCCUGAAGAACAUAAACGUGCCAACUUUGUUUCAGUGGUCAGAUGGUAGUGAAGUUACCCUAACGUAUUGGGAUGAGAACGAGCCGAAUAUCCCCUACAACAACACUCCCAGCUGUGUUUCCUAUUCAGGAAAGCUAGGUCAAUGGAAAGUCCAGCCAUGUGAAAAGAAACUGAACUAUACAUGCAAGAAAAAGGGAGAAAAAAUAAAUGAUCCAGGAUCUGGCAAGAUAUGUCCUCCAGAAGAGGGCUGGAAGAGACAUGGAGAAGCCUGUUACAAGAUUUACAAAGAUGAGGUCCCCUUUGGCAAGAACUGUAAUCUGACCAUCACUAGCAGAUUUGAGCAAGAAUUCCUAAAUGAUAUGAUGAAGAAAUAUGAUAAAUCUCUAACAAAAUACUUCUGGACUGGCCUGAUAGAUGUAGAUUCACAUGGAGAGUAUAGCUGGGCAUCUGCUGGAGGAAUAAAGCGGGCAGUAACGUUUGCCAACUGGAAUUUUCUGGAGCCAGCUUUUCCAGGUGGAUGUGUGGCAAUGUCUACUGGAAAGUCUCUUGGGAAGUGGGAGGUGAAGGACUGCAAAAACUUCAGAGCGCUUUCAAUUUGCAAGAAUGUCAGUGGACCUGUGGAACCCGAGGAGCCAGCUCCCAAGCCAAGUGACCCCUGUCCCGAUGGCUGGCAUAGUUUUGCCAACAGUCUUUCCUGCUAUAAGGCAUUCCAUAUAGAAAGAGUUGUGAGAAAGAGGAACUGGGAAGAAGCUGAAAGAUUCUGCCAAUCCCUGGGAGCCCACCUGGUUAGCUUCGGUCACGUCGAUGAGAUGAAGGAGUUUCUUCACUGGUUAACGGAGCAGUUCAGUGACAAUCGUUGGCUAUGGAUAGGUUUGAAUAAAAGAAGCCCUGAUUUACAAGGAUCCUGGCAAUGGAGUGAUCGUACACCAGUGUCUACUCUUCUCAUGGAACAUGAGUUUCUGCUAGAUUAUGACAUCAGAGACUGUGCUGCUGUCAAGGUCACUCACAGGCCAUGGCGGAGAAGCUGGUAUUUCUUUGAUGACUAUGAUUUUUUUUACAUGAGGCCUUUUGCUUGUGAUACAAAGCUUGAAUGGGUGUGCCAUAUUCCAAAAGGUCGAACUCCAAAAGCACCAGAGUGGUACAACCCAGAGCGUGCAGGAAUUCACGGGCUUCCAGUUGUAGUUGAAGGAAGUGAAUAUUGGUUUGUUGCUGAACCACACUUGAACUAUGAAGAAGCUUUCCUCUACUGUGCUACCAAUUACAGCUUUCUUGCCACUGUCACAUCCUUCACAGGACUGAAAGCUAUCAGAAACAAAAUAGCCAAUAUCUCCAGUGAUGAGCAAAAGUGGUGGUUGAGAGCUAAUGAACAGCCCAUAGAUCAUCCUUUUUCAGGCUUUCGUCGUCCAUGGUACUAUUAUCCUUUCGAGUUUGGAGAGGAAUGCAUGUACAUGUCUGCCAAGACUUGGCUUAUCGACUUAAAUAAACCAGCAGAUUGUAAUACCAAGUUGCCCUUCAUCUGUGAAAAACAUAGUGUAUCUCCAUUAGAAAAAUACAGUCCAGAUCCUACAGCUAAAGUUCAAUGCUCCGAAAAGUGGGUUUCUUUUGGAAAUAAGUGUUUUCUAAAGAUCAACACCCAGUAUGCCAAAUUUUCUCAAGCAAAUGAUAUCUGUCAUUCCUAUGGUGGCACCCUUCCUUCCGUGUUGAGCCAGAGUGAACAAGAUUUUAUUACAUCUUUGCUUCCGGAUAUGGGAGCUACUCUAUGGAUUGGUUUGCGCUGGACUGCCCAUGAGAAGAUUAACAAAUGGACAGAUGACAAAGAGCUGAUAUAUGGUAACUUUCACCCAUUGUUGGUUGGUCGGAGGCUGAGGAUACCAACAAAUAUUUUUGAGGAAGACUCCCAAUACCACUGUGCUGUAAUACUCAACCACCCAAAGUCACCUUUUACUGGAACGUGGAAUUUUACUUCCUGCAAUGAAUAUCACCCUGUGUCUCUCUGUCAGAAAUAUUCAGAAAUUCAAAGCAACCAGUCCGUGCAGAAUGCUUCAGAAACAGUAAAGUACAAAAAUAACUUAUACAAGAUCAUCCUGAAGAGGCUGACUUGGUACCAGGCUGUGGAGGAGUGUAUGAAAAAUAGCAUGCAACUGGUGAGCAUCACAGACCCUUACCAACAGGCGUUCCUCACCGUGCAGGCAGCCCAGCAGAACUCCUCCUUGUGGAUUGGACUCUCCAGUCAGGAUGAUGAACUCAACUUUGGUUGGUCAGAUGGAAGACGUCUUGAAUUUACUCGCUGGGAUGAAAACCACCACCAUCUUGAAGACUGCGUGUUUUUAGAAAAGAAUGGAUUCUGGAGAACGGCUGAUUGUGAAACCAGCCUGCCGGGUGCUAUUUGCUACUAUCCAGGAAAUGACACUAAAGAAGAAAUCAAACCAGUUGCAAAUGUUGAAUGUCCGUCUCCUGUUCUAAGUACUCCAUGGAUACCCUUUCAAAACUGUUGCUACAAUUUCAUGAUAACAAAGAAUAGACACAUGGCAACAACACCAGAAGAAGCUCAUUCUAAAUGCCAGCAAUUGAAUCCAAAAUCACAUAUGCUCAGCAUUCGAGAUGAGGAGGAGAAUAACUUUGUUCUUGAGCAGCUUCUGCGCCUCCAUUAUAUGGCUUCUUGGGUCCUGUUAGGGUUAACGUAUGAAGGUAAUUCUCUUACAUGGUUUGAUAAGACUACAUUGUCGUAUACACACUGGAGAGGGGGAAGACCAGCCGUACAAAAUGGCAAGUUUUGGGCUGGAUUGAAUACCGAUGGCUUCUGGGAUAUUCAACCCUUUAACAUGGAAGAAACAAUUUAUUUUCAACAACACAGCAUUGUUGUUUGUAAGAUUGAAAUGGUUGACUACAAGGAAGAAUAUAAUACCACACUGCCAGAGUUUAUUCCAUAUGAAGAUAAUAUUUAUAAUGUUAUUCAAAAAAGGGUAACGUGGUAUGAAGCAUUAAAGGCAUGUUCUGAAGGCAGAGGUCAGUUGGCAAGUGUCCAUGAUCAAAACGGCCAGCUCUUCUUGGAAGAUAUUGCAAAACGUGAUGGCUUUCCAUUGUGGGUUGGGCUGUCAAGUCAUGAUGGCAGUGAAUCCAGUUUUGAAUGGUCUGAUGGCAGUGCAUUUGACUACAUCCCAUGGAAAGGGGAAAAAGGUCCUGGAGACUGUGUUGUCUUGGAUCCCAAAGGAAAUUGGAAGCAUGAAAAGUGCAGUUCUUCAGUGGAUGGAGCUAUUUGUUAUAAACCUACAAAACCCAAAGAGCUGACCUCUUAUUCACACUCAUCAAGAUGUCCUGAAGCAAAAGAAAAUGGGACACAGUGGAUGCAGUACAAGGGUCACUGUUACGCCUCGGACCGGGCACUGCACAGUUUCUCAGAAGCCAAAUACCUGUGUUCAGAACUCGAUCAUUCCUCAACGAUUGUGACCAUAAAGGAUGAAGAUGAGAAUCAAUUUGUGAGCCAACUGAUAAGAGAAAAUAAUAAUAUUACCAUGAGAGUUUGGCUUGGAUUAUCUCAACAUUCUAUCGAUCAAUCCUGGAGUUGGUUGGAUGGCUCAAAAGUGACAUUUGUCAAGUGGGAGAAUAAAAGUAACAAUGACGAUGGGAAAUGUAGCGUUUUGUUAGCUUCAACUGAAACUUGGAAAAAAGUUGACUGUUCUCAUGGCUACGGAAGGGUUGUCUGUCAAGUGCCUCUGAGCUCUGACUACAAGGGAGUAGCUAUCGGAUUUGCCGUGCUCAGCGUCCUGGCACUCAUCAGCGGGCUGAUUUGGUUCCUGUUCCAAAGAAACCGUUUCCAGUGGGCAGGUUUCUCAUCAGUCCGGUACGAACAAGGAGUGAGUGAAGAGGAGAUUGUCCUUCCUUCUUUCCAGGACUAAAUUGUUCCAAAAGUGUGCUAGUUUGCACUAAUGUGUAAGGGAAAAUGAACCACGCCAAGGUUUCCAGUGUCAGUAUUUACUCUGCUCCAAAGUGAGAGUCUUAAAUGCUUUACAGUGGUUCCAUUGCUUGUUGGUAUCCAUACUCAAUACCAUGUUUACAGCUCUGCUUCAGAAAAAUCUUGAAGCUGGAAAUGAAGAUCCAGUGGUUUGUAGGGUUAUGAGUUCAAUGUUCAACUUUCCUGGGAGGAUGUGGUUGGGAACUGGAAUAAUGUAUUUAAUGACAUUUUCAGGUCAUCUUAGAAAAUUUUAAAAGGCAUAAUGACUAGGCAGCACAUCUGCCUUUUAAUUUUUAAGAACAUCUGGCCAAAUGAAAACUUAGUAACUCAAGGUAAAAGCCCUGCUGUAAAGAAUAUUGUUUCAAAAAAGCCAUGUGUAGCAUAUGCACAAAACUAUCGAACAAUGACAUGUCUACCAUUUUUGUGAGAGAAUUGUCUCUUGGCAAUAUGUUUCUUAUGUGAUCCCAAAGAUAUUUCAUAAUGAUGUUAUUUAGAUGCAAAUAUUUUUGUUUAUAAUUUGUCAUAAAUUUUUUUUAGAUUUUUAAUGUGUUAAAAUAUCAUUGUUAGAUCGCUUAGGUAUCUUAUAGUAGUGUGCUUUGUCUUUCUGAUGUAUGAUAUAGGACUGCUUCCUUCCUAAAGGGACUCAGUGAAGAAUAAGAACGUUUGAAAAGUUUACAAUUUAUAUGCAAGGACUUCAAAAAGUUCAUGGAGAAUAUCCAUUAUGAAAAACACGUAUAGAUUUCAAAAUGUUUAGCACCAAAAUUAAUGUAAGUUUUAAUGCUGUUGUCCAUGAACUUUUUGCAGUACCCUCAUACUUGACGUGGCCUGCCAACUUUUAAGGAUUUGUUGUUGUUGCCUUUUUACAUGAACUAAGCAGAAAAGCAGACGAUGAAGGAUAGUUUGUAUAACUUGCAUUUGUAAAAAUGAGAUUUUUUGCAAUAAAACGCUAAACUUUGAGGUUACCACUAAAAUAUUUUAAACUAUGAAUAAGAAAACAUUGUUUUAUAAUUAUAAUUUUACCAUCUAGAAUAUAUUCUUAAUAAUAGUACCCACUGAACAUGAUGAAUGCUUUAUUCAGUGUUUAAUUUAUAUUUGUACUUUAUUUUUGUAUAAAAGUUACAGAUUUAUUUUAAACUUGGAGUGCUUAUACUAUUAUGCAAUUAUAAAUUAUUUUAUAAGACAGAUUUAAGAUAAUCUACAAUUCCCUGAAACGUCUUUUAAUGAAUUUGUAAGACGUUCUUUGGCCCUGUGACUUAUACAAUUUUAAUCAUUAAGAUGUAAAAUUGCUUUAAGUAAAAAUGCCACCAUGGUUCCUUGUUGCAGGGAAAAAAAACCUCUGGAUUGGGCUUCAUUAUUUUAGGUGUGCAGUGUAACCAGAAAGAAAGUGUCCAGCUAUUAUAACUAGAGAUAUUCUUAAUAUUAUUUGUGCUCAUCUUUUAAAUUUUAUGUACCUGAGACAGAAACAGUAAGAAUAAAAUAUCCUGUCUGCCGGCUCAUUCCCCAAAGGCCCACUGCAGCCGUGGCUGGGCCAGG